UCGGAAAUGCUCGUAUUACGUCCGAUCGCUCUGAAAUUCCGACUGUGGCAAGUAAACAUUCUAAGCCAAUCACAUAGCAAAUGUUAGCUCCGAACUAUCAAAAUUGACCUUUGGAGCCCUUUCCGGAAAUCAUUUUCGUACGACUUCAAUCUGCGAUAAUGGCGUCUGGUGCGAAGCGCCAGAGAUACAGCGUAGCUGAGGCUUUAGACAUCAUUUUUGACGAUGGAAGUGAGCAUGGUGGUAUGUCUAGUGGUGAGGAAUCUGAACUAGACAGAAAACUGGAAAAUCCUAGCGAAGAAUCGAGGCGGCUUGUAUUGAGACGGUUGAAAUCUCCUGUGAGAAUAAUCCCACAGUUGGGAAGUGCAGCUUCUGCCAAAGUUAGACUUUCGAGGAAUGGUCAUUCAGGAUAUGGGGAUCGGAUUCGGCGGGACUGGUCCGACCGGGGUAGUAAACAAGGCCAAAUAUUAUACACGAAAACCCGCGAGGGGUUCUUGGUGGAUUAAGCUUCAGCCAUAUUAUUUCGUGAUCGUUGCAGCAUUGUAAAUUUUCGGGGAUUUCGAACUUGAUAUGAUCUUGAAUGUAUAUACAUACGCCGCCAUGUUCGUGAGAGGAUCGAUCUUUCUGGACGAUAUUAUAACCGUCAGUGUUUACAACAGAGUCAUUAAUAUGUUGUUUCAGCCAAGAUUCCACGAUGCAUCCGACCUGGACGUUUAGCCGUAAUAAGAUUUCUUUAACCUUAUCUAGCUUCGGAACUAAGGACAUAGUAUUCGCUAGCAUUACUCUAAGGACGAAAUGGACUGACGCUCGGUUUUGAUGGCUAGGUUUCGUCUUGGAAACUGCGACAAGGUUGUUAAAAUUCACUCCUCGCGUUAGGUGCAGAUUUGCAUACUGAAAACAUGGUGACGAAAUCAUAGGAAUGUUAAACUGUUUCCUAGCUUCUUCGGCUCUUGUCUUCACGCUAGCUCUUCUCCCUCUCUUCGGAUAGCCUACGGCCAUCGUAAAGGGGAAAGAGUGAGUCACUUCGUUAGAAAAGAAUCCGUGAAGAGAUGUAACUCCGCUCCGUUGACUCUGCGAGGGUUGUGAUGCUUGAGCGGUUCCAAGGAUUGCGAUGAAAAUUACUCCAAAAUGGAGCUCAAAACGGACUACAUACGAACAGAAAGGGCGCACAUACGUUCCAGAAAUCAUUUAUCGUGAGAUGUGGCUUGUGGAAAAGACUGGAGUGGAGAUUUUAGUUGAAAUUACGAGGCGAACUCUAAGCGCGUGCAGCCGUUAUCGGCGCCUACAUGAACGAAGCUUUGGCAACUGGAACAGUGCAGACACUGCGCACAUCAGCAAACACUGAUCGGUUUAUAGAUAAAUGACGGCAGGGAAAUUUUGAGGGCUCUAUUUUUCCUGAAGGUACAUUAAGAAAUCAACAAAAGAGAAAAGAAAAUAGAAAAAACCGAACUCCGAUUAGCGUUUCAAAGUGUAAUUUACGGCAAUUUCGCUCUCGUGUAUAUGAUGAAUGAUCAUGCUGCCCCACGCUGCGAACAGAGAAGUUGUCAAUCUUUUCAUUAGUUUUCUUUGGUGAAGCAGUAAAGCAUUAUACCAACCAUGAAGGGGUCUUUGUUUUCGGGGGUCUUCGUUUUCGCCACAGCUGGUUCCUGAUCUCUUUCUCUCCGGCUAUAGCUUUAAUAUUUCUCCGAUACUAAGUUGAAGAACACUUGUGGUAACCCACUUAUCAAUUAGGUCGGAGACCAUGGCAACUUUGAACGCACUUUGCUUGAUGGGGCUGGAUGUACAAUGUUUGCGAAAUUGAGCCUGUUGCCUUCGUGAAAAAUAGAAACCCGGAGUCGUGCGAUCGGUAAACGUUUCUGUUUACCGGUUCCACCACAUCUUCUAAGUUUGAAUUCAAAAUGUGG